AUGACUUCCUCAUCACGAGCCACAGGGAAGCGGCUUCCAAUCAGCUGUCAGGCCUGUCGUAAUCGAAAAAUUCGAUGCUCCAGAGACGGGCGACCCUGUCAGACCUGUACACGCCGCGGUUUGGGUGCAGAAGACUGUAUCUAUCUGGGCCAGCCUCGUCUUUCCGCCGAGCAGUCCGCCCCGGCAGAUGCGACGGUACAGAAGGAGCUGCUGGCUCGUAUUCGAAACUUGGAAAGUUUGCUUCAAAAACAAGUCCAUUCUCAGUCCGCAACUCCCACGGAAGGGGAAUCGCCAAUUGGGGCCCCGAGUGCGACGGGCAGCUUCACUGAGUCAGAAUUGGGGAUCUCGCUAGAGACAUGGGGCCGGUCUCUUUCUGGAAACAUUGGCACCCUUCACACAUCGCAAUCAGGUCAUGUUCGAUAUGUACCACUCGCUUCACAAUGGGAAUCUGUCGUGGCGAAGAGUCCCGCUGCAGACUGCCUACGAGGAUCUGAUGCCGACUUUGCGGACGAGGACGAUCUGCAGCUUCCAUUCGCGAAGGAUGGAAGCAUUUCUCGAGCUGAAAUUCUGGCAUUGCUACCCCCGGGCCGCACCGCUCGCGAACAUUAUACGCUCACCGGACUGACACUCAAUCAGGUUUUCCACAUUUUACAUGAUCUUACAUUUGACGCGGAAUAUCAACAAUUCUGCCAUGAUCCCAGCAGCGUGUCGACGGCUUGGUUAGCUCUUCUUUUUGCUAUCCUCGCUAUUGCAAUCAGCGCCCUCAACGACGAUGAUCCGAUGCUGGCUGAUCUUGGUAGAGAGCGCACUGUCAGUCGCAAUAUCAAAGUCAUCUCUGCACGUUACAGGUCUGCAGCACUACGGUGUCUCGCUGCGGACGGAGUCAUGACACGCGCGUCAAUUAGUUCUCUUCAAGCCCUUGUUCUCAUCAGCUAUGCCCGGUUGCAUCGAGGCCUUUCUUUCUGGACUCUUCUUGGCUUCACGCAACAUGUUGCCAUCUCAAUGGGCUGUCAUAUCGACCCUGAAAGGUUCAGCCUGGGCCUCAUUGAGCGUGAAGAACGACGUCGAGUAUGGGCUGGCUUGAAGACACUCUAUACCAUUCAAAAUACUUCCUUUGGAAGCCUUGAUCAGACGCUCUUGUCACAUGAUGUCAAGAUGCCCGCAGAUGUCGACGAUGUUGAUCUCCUCACUAUGCCGAAGAUGCCCGCAACCUCUGACGCUUGCUCUCCUCGCAUCACUCGUCCUACACAAAUGACCUUUUUGCUGAUCUCAAGCCGCCUUCAUAAAAUUUCCAAUCGUGUUUGCGAUUUCAUUUUCACAUACCCCCAGUCCCGUUUUUCUAUCUCUCAUCUCGAAGCCGAAGUUCUCGCUGUCCGUGAACUCUGUGAAGCGAGGUACAGCACCGAAUCCUCUCGCGACUGUCUUUCCAUCCAACACCAAGCGAAUGCCAAAAUCCUCGACGCUCACAUGCACCAGUUACUUCUCCUAUUACUUCGACCCACCCUUUGCCAGUUCUUGCAAGGUGAAAUCACUCCGGAGACAUGCGAGGCUCGUGAGAAAUGCAUGACAUCUGCAAAGGCCGCAUUGUCCAUUUUCCAGUCACUUUUGCAGGAUUCGAAAUUUGCCCCAUAUCGAUGGUACACCAGUGGUCUCGGCAGUUUUCACGCAUUCCAUGCGUCUGUUGUGCUGGCCGUUGGUCUGUUGAACCCUGUGGAUCAAGCCGAAUUUGAUGAGACUAAGGAGAUCCUUCGCAAAGCAUUGGAGAUGUUUGCCUCGCUCUCGGUACGAAGCACUUUCUGCAGUAAAGCCAUGCCUAUUGUGCGGCAGAUAAUCGAAGUGACGUCCGCACAAUAUCAGCAAACCAAACGACAAGAGACGACCCUUCGAGCACAAAUACAAGCACAAGCACAUCUCGCCUCUCAAACGAUCGGCAAUCAGCAGCAGCAGCAAAGUUUCGAAUCAAUCUCUCCCUCAGUGACACCAAUGACUUUGACGGACAGCUUCAUGUUCACACAUGCUCACUCGCGAUCUCACUCACAAGCGAACUCGCCCGUCCCAACCGUGGCUUCUUCCUGCAGCGAGCCUACCGUGUCCUCCAGUUUUGGAAUGCAUUUACAUCCACAGCAUUGGCUGGCUCCGACAUCUGUCCCGUGGGAUACGCUUGGCGCGUCGAUCGGGCAAUAUAAGUUUGAGCCGGAUACUUUAUAA